GUGGCCAGAAGAAGUUCAGUCACCGGAAAUGGUCUUGUUGUGAAAUUCCGUUCAUUUUGCUGCUCACCUUUUUUUUUUUAAAAAUUAUUAUUAUUAGCGCAUUUAUCAAGUUUUAAACCGGCUAAAAUGUCUAGUCGGUUAGAAAACGCAAAUCCUGUGAUAUUCCAGCGGUCCGGAGAGCGACUGCUGACGGCGUCGGAGGAGGACGAAGACGUACACGACCCGAUAGACGAGAGAGAAAUAUUUGAUUUGAUCAGAUCCAUCAAUGACCCAGAACACCCCCUGUCUCUGGAAGAGCUCAAUGUGGUGGAGCAAUUGCGUGUGAAAGUGGAUGAUGCAGGAAGCACUGUAGGCAUUGAGUUCACGCCCACAAUCCCUCACUGUAGUAUGGCGACACUCAUUGGAUUAUCUAUUAAGGUCAAGCUGCUGCGGUCCCUACCAGAGAGAUUUAAAAUUGAUGUCCAUAUCACACCUGGAUCUCACGCGUCAGAGGAUGCAGUAAACAAACAACUUGCGGACAAAGAAAGAGUGGCAGCAGCACUGGAGAACUCAUCGCUGUUGGAAGUGGUCAACCAGUGUCUGUCCACACGAAACAUUUAAGAGCAAGUUGUCAAUUCAUGUGUCAAUGUGAUGUGUCAAUUCAUCGGAGUGAUUAUUGUCUACAUUAUUUUUUUCCUUUAGAGGAAAUCAAAUGAUGGUUGACUGUUCGUAGCUCCUUGUGACUGUUCACGACCUUUGGUGUGUUAGGGUAACAGUCUAAAGAUGAGUCUAGUUAUAUGUGAUUAAACUUUGAGAUGUAUUUAGUUCACUUUUUAUAUUAAUAUCACAAAUGUCUAUUAAUUAAUACAUUUAUGUACUUGGAUGCACGUGUACCAAUUAAAUUUUACAAUAUA